ACGUUAACGUCCCUAUGUUUCUUUUUUUUUUCAUGGGCCAUCUAAUCUUGUAACCCUGGCUAAGAGCAGCCGCAUCGACGGUUUAUAACCGGAUCACGGGCUCGGGAUCCUAGGCCCAUUCGAUUAAAAGAAAAUGUUUAUUGGGUUUAAUAUCGUGAUCCGUCUCUUGCGGGUGAACCCGUAUGAUACGGGGUCAAUCCACGCGUCGAAAGCAGAGUGGACACGCGAGUCCGCGUGUAGACGGAGAAAAAAAGGGUUGCGCGAUAGAUCAUUCAUUUUCAGUUCUCUCUUCUAAAGCUAGGGUUUUUGUUCUCUCUCUGGCGAUUUUUCCUGCGACGCGGUAGCCGGAUCAUUUUCUGUUCUUUCUUCGAUCUAAUCAACGUCGUACUCUCUCGUAGACGAUCUGAGGUGAGUAUCCACUAGUUUCACCGAUUGAUUCAAUCGUUUGGGGUCGAAAGCGUUUUAGGUUAAAAUUCGAUUUGGGGGUCUUGAUUUAUGAUUUUGGGGGUUUUGUCGUAGGGUUCGAAAUCAAAAAGGGGGUAUAGAUUUGUGGUUUAAAAUCGUCAUGCGGGUUCGUUUAUUGUAAAAUCGAUUUAGUUUAUAGUCAGGGUUCUAAAAGGAAUCGUAUUUUGUGAUGCAGAUGGAUCCCGCAACAGAGAUAAGAGAUUCAAAGAGGACUAAGGAGUACAUCAACAUGCUCUCUUCUGUGGCUGAUUCAGAGUACGGGAUUCCGACGAGGUGUCCCUGCGGUGGCAGUAUCAUUCACGAGGUUCGUGGGAAGGACGACUACGACACUCUUCCUGGGAAGCGGUUCUUCACCUGCAAAAACUACGAGGCUGAUGGGUUUCAUUAUCGUCAGCCUUGGGUCAUUGGUGUGGAGGAGCAGAUCGAACGCCUCACUAAGCGUCUGGAGGAGGUGGAGGAGGUGAUAAACUGGGUGCCGGAGGUCAAUAACCACAUUCAGAGACUGGAGGUAACUAGAUUCUAAUUUGAUUUCAAUUCUGUGCAUUAACUAGAUUCUUAAUUUUUUAUGCAUUGACUAACACUGUAUGAUUGUUCUUUCUUGUACAGGCAGAGGUGAAAGACCUCACUCGGGAGGUUGAUAACCUCACUGGGCAGGUUUACAACCUCUCUGUGCAGGUUGAGGUCUUGGAGAAGCUCUGCUUCGACUGAAAACAAAAGGUAACCCUUACUCUACACUGGUUAACUACAGUGGUAGCUAGCUAGAGUUUAACCACACUUAGUUGAGUUUUAAAAAUUAUAGGUAGUUGCGAAUUCAAUGGUAGUGAGUGGUUGUCUUUCAAAUCGGUGUAGUUGAGUUUUUAAAAUUUAUUUGAUGUUCAUUCAAUGAAAUCUGUGUAGUUAUACCUAUGUUGUACUUGUUGUAGAGUCAUUAAAACACACACACACCAAACACUAAAACUAGUAUAUAGUAAUUAUAACCAAAAACACACACCAUACUUAAACUAGUUUAAUCAAUGCUUGGUAGUUAGACAAACACACACACGUAAUCAAUUUGUUGUACUUUCUAACACUAAAACUAGUAUUAAAACAUAGGCAUGAUCCACAUCUCAAAACACACCAAACUUUUAAAACUUCUAUCUAAAACUAAAUGGAACCAAUUUCCCUUAACUCUCACGGGUUCGUUAACCUCCUUGCCUCCCAGAGCAGUCAACCAAUAGAUAUUGGUUGUUCUGAGGUUCCAAAAUCUGCGGAAAGGCGGAAAUGGACAACCAAAGAAGAUGUGGUGCUGAUCAGUGCUUGGUUGAACACCAGCAAGGAUCCAAUCGUGAGUAAUGAGCAGAAGGCUGGCUCAUUUUGGAAGCGCAUAGAGGAGUUUUUGAAUGCAAGCCCUCUGCUCGUUGGCUCCGUUCCUAGGGAGUGGAGUCAGUGUAAGCAGAGGUGGGGUAGGGUUAACGAACAGGUUUGCAAGUUCGUGGGAUGUCACGAAGCUGCUUUGAAGAAGCAAGCCAGUGGACAAACUGAGAAUGAUGUCAUGAAGGCGGCUCAUGACAUCUUCUUUAAUGAUUACAAUUCCAAGUUCGUUCUUGAACAUUGUUGGAGGGAGCUUCGGUUUGAUCAAAAAUGGAGAUCCCACACUUCGACACGAGAUGGUUCAAAGGAGAAGAGGAAGGAACCUGCAGAGGAGGUGGGUCGCGAGGAAGAUGUUAGGCCUCCCGGUGUGAAGGCUUCCAAAGCAGCAAAACGCAAGAAACACUUGAAUGAACCAGCGUUUGAUCAGAUAGAGAGCAUUUUAGAGGCAAAGAAUAACUUAUCCAAAAAAAAACUCCUAGAUAGGUUGCUAGUAAAAAAUGAAGAAACUCUAUCUGAUCAAGAAAGAGCUCUAAAAAACAAACUCAUUUCAGAAAUGCUUUAACGUGGUGAGUGGAAGCUUUUUUGUGCAUUUAUCAGUUGCUUUUUUGAAUAUGUUUUGGUUUCUGUAUAUUGAUAAUGUUGGUAUAUGAUUUGGUAUCUAGAUUAUUGAUAUGUAUCCAUUUUUCUUUGUAGGUCACGGGUUCAAGGAGGAGGAUGCGUGUGGACGUGGUUGUAGGUCUCGGUAUCUUUAUGUAUCAUAUCAAGUCACGGGUAAGGUUGAUGGUUGUUGUAGUAUUAUGUCAGAUUGAAUCACGGGAGAGUGUAGUAUUUUGUAUGUUUCUACACUCGUUUUAGGACCUUCGGUUAAUAUGGGUGUAUGUACCCAGAGGAUGUGUUUUCAAGUCACGGGUGUAUGUCCCCACGACUUGCCUUUUCAACUGACGGGUGUAUGUACCCGAGCAACUUGACUCAUGUAUCUCUAUAUAUAUAAACUAUGUCUUUCUAUUAUUUUUGUGCAUCAAAGUGUUUCACAAUAGUUGUAAACUUGAAAGCCAAAACUUCUAAACUUGUAAACUUCGUUGAUAAACUUCUACUUGUCAAAAACUUCACCAAAACUUCACCACUUCACCAAAACUUCACCAAAACUUCACCAAAACUUCACCACUUCUCAUCCAUCACCACGGGGGUUCACCACGAUUGCAUCGACAUCACCACCUCUACUUGUCAAAAACCAAUCCAUAGAGGUAAAAUACAAACUUUUCUUUUGUUUUUAUGAGGCAAUGAAACAAUGAAAAAAUGAAUUUCAUUUCUAUAACUUUAUACAAACUCCCUAUAGUUUUAUGAGGCAAUGAAACAAUGAAAAAAUGAAUUCCAUUUCUAUAACUUUAUACAAACUCCCUAUAGUUUAAAAAGAUAAACAUACCAUAUAGAAAAGAAAAAAGAUGGAUUAUAUGAAAAAAUAUUAUACUCCCUAUAGUUUAUGAAAAAAAAAUGAACUAUAACUUCAAAAUCCAAAAAACAAUUAUUAAAAAGAUAAACAUACCAUAUAGAAAAGAAAAAAGAUGGAUUAUAUGAAAAAAUAUUAUACUCCCUAUAGUUUAUGAAAAAAAAAUCGAACUAUAACUUUAAAAUCCAAAAAACAAUUAUUAAAAAGAUAAACAUACCAUAUAGAAAAGAAAAAAAAUGACCACCAUUUAAAAAAAUUUAACUAUAAGUUCUUCUUUUGUAGCAAGAAAAAGAUCAAUAAAUAUCAUCAACAAUGUCUUCCUCAUCAAGCGAUGAAGCAGAUAAAGCUUUUGAUGAAAUGGUCGACGAAGUUGUUGAUAAUUUCAUAGACACAGUAGUUGAUGGUCAAACCAACUACCGGAAGAAACGAGCUUAUAUCGAAAGAGAUCAAGAGCGAGGACACAAUCAACUAUGGAAAGACUAUUUCAUGGAAAAUCCUACAUACCCACCUGAAAUGUUUAGGAGGCGUUUUCGAAUGAACAAACCACUGUUCCUUCGCAUUGUCGAGCGUCUAAGUAGUGAAGUUCCAUACUUUCAGCAAACAAGAGAUGCUGCGGGAAGGUACGGGCUUUCUCCCCUUCAAAAGUGUACGGCAGCUAUACGUAUGCUCGCAUAUGGUCAGUCGGGAGAUACAUAUGACGAAUAUCUCCGACUUGGUGACAGUACAUCACGUUUAUGUUUGGCAAAUUUCACUGAUGCAAUAAUACAGUUGUUUGGAGAUGAGUAUCUACGCAAGCCUACACCCGAGGAUCUUCAACGAUUACUCGAUGUUGGAGAGGUACGGGGGUUUCCGGGGAUGAUAGGCAGCAUCGACUGUAUGCACUGGGAGUGGAAAAACUGCCCAACGGCUUGGAAAGGUCAGUUCACACGUGGUUCAGGAAAGCCGACAAUUGUCUUAGAAGCUGUUGCAUCACAAGAUCUUUGGAUAUGGCACGCAUUUUUCGGCUUACCAGGUACCCUCAACGAUAUCAAUGUUCUAGAUCGGUCACAUGUUUUUGAUGACAUCUUACAUGGUCGAGCACCUAAAGUUAAGUUCAAGGUCAACAACCACACUUAUCGUAUGGCCUACUAUCUUACUGACGGAAUUUAUCCAAAUUGGGCAACAUUUAUCCAAUCCAUCCCACUUCCUCAAGGUCGUAAAGCCGAGAAAUUUGCUGAAAAACAAGAAUCCGCCAGAAAAGAUGUCGAACGGGCUUUUGGAGUAUUACAAUCGAGGUUUGCAAUUGUUAAAAACCCAGCUAAACAAUGGGACAAGGCAAAGAUAGGAAAGAUAAUGAAAACUUGUGUCAUAUUGCACAAUAUGAUAGUAGAGAACGAACGACACGGAUACGCUCAAAUUAAUACGUCUGAGUUUGAGUCAGGAGAGUCCAGCAGAAGUUCAAGGGUCAGAACCAGAGAUAGUAUUCAUGUCGGUGAUAUGUUAGGCAUCCGCAGAGAAGUUCGAGAUUUAGAGACGCAUGCUCGAUUGAAAGCUGAUUUAGUGGAAAAUAUUUGGCAAAAGUUUGGUGAUGAAGAUGAAUAAGCUUUGUAUGUUUUUGAAUUUCUCUAUUUAUGUAAUCUACUCUUAAUGUAUUGAAUAAAAAUUUUUCAUAAUUUUAUAAUAUAUUUUACUAUUUUAUUCAUGUAUUCUGAAUUAUUUCAAAAUUUUCUUUUUUUUUAAUUUAUAUUUUUAUUUUAUUCCUAUGAACUCCUUCUUCGGGUUCACUAAUGCAGAAAACAACAAAUACAGGUUCAUAACUAUUUAUGGCCCCACCAAAAAAUAUUUAAAAAAUUGGGUGAACCCCAAUGGGGGGUUCACCAAUGCUCAUGCUCUAAGUUUCUACUUUUUAUUGCUUUAAAGCAUGCCUUCUUUAAAUGGGUUACAAGACUAUAGUGGCGAAUGAUCAUUUAUGUUCAUAAAUUAAAUUUAUAAAUUAACUUUUAAGUCUUUUAUAAAUAACCGUCAAACUUUUGUUUCAAAAUAGAAGCUGUAUCAUCUUUGUUACAUAGUUUUUUUUUUUUUCCCAAAUUGAAAUUCAUUCAUAACUGAAGUACGACAGUUCAAUACAUAAGCUGGCGGAUACAAAACAUCCCCAGAGACAAGAGCCCAAAGAACAGGCAGCUAAAACCCACACCGGAGUAACUUUUGAACACCAACUUAACAAGCAAAAUAACAAUACAUAACUACACAAAAGUAUGCAACAAACAGUGCAAAAGACCUCCAAGCUAAAUAGCAGGUAACGAGAAUCUGGAUAUAUCGAUGCUGCACUUGGCACGCCACACGAUACCAUCCACUUGUAGAACCCGAAGACCCCAUCGCGCCUUCUCAACCCGGAUCUAUCGCUGCCGCCUAUGGCCUGCCAAACGAUACCAUCCCCACUCGUAACUCAGAACCAAGACUUCAUAACCCGACUAGAGAGAUCGCUUCACAAUCCAAACAUCUCUCGGAUACGGCUUGAACGCACUAUUUGACGCCCACUUUUGCAUCUAGAUAGAAGUCCAACAAAACCUCCACACAACCAAGCUUCGCCGCUCACAUCUGAAAACCAGAAUAAACAAUAACACACCAAAACGACGAAAGAUUCUUGCAACCACCAUAACCCGGAGAUAAUUUUGCAACUGAAUAUGUCACUGCACUAACCACCGAUAGACUCCAAGAACCAACACCAUGAAACAC